AUGCAAUCAUCAUCAGCAUCUGCUAAUUCGCAUCUGGAUAUUUCUUCUUUCUCAUCUAUUGAUGAAAAUGAAAUUUCUAUUUUGUCUUCUUCAAGUAUUUCUACUGCUGUUACCACUUCUUCAUACACAUCUAAUCAAUUACAACGACUUUUACAAAAAGAAAAAAAAAAAUUUCGUAUUUUAAAUAAUGAAUCAACAAAACCUUUGGUGUCCUGGUGGCGAUCAUUUGGUUAUCCAGCUGUUCUAAAUGAAAAAGAUGAACUCGAACGAAUUCCUGGUUAUAUUAGUUGCUUAAAGUGUUGUCAUACAUUAAUUUAUGGACCCGCCAGUGGAACUAAACGUUUUAUUUCACAUGCAGAUCAAUGCUUUCCACUGGCUUCAUCAUGUUCUUCUGGUGAUAAAGUUGAUGAUCCACAAUCAACUCAACUCAAGUUAGAUCAAAUUGGUUUUACAAGAAAAGCAAAACUUCCAGAAAAAGAACAAAAUGAACUUAAACAUCUGUAUGCAAAUUGGGUUUGUGGUGAUCUAAGACCUUACAGCGUUGUCGAAGAUAAAGGUUUUGAACAAUUAGCUCAAAUGUUCAUAAAAAUAGGUGAGAAUAGUAUUUCAGAUUUUCAUAAAUAUCCUUUAUACUUUACUUUUCCAGGUUCACAAUAUGGUGUAGUUGAUGUCAAGGAUGUAUUGAGAAGUCGUCAGACUGUUUCCCGUACAGUUAAUGAAUUAGCACUUAAAUAUCGUCUUGAUUUGAAAGAUCAAUUAAUUGAACCAUUAAAAUCAAAAUCAGUCACAAUUUCACCUGACUUUUGGACAAAUAAAUAUACUCAACAAUCAUUUUUAGGUGUUAAUAUUACAUUUACUAAUCAUGAAUAUGGAUUUAAAUCUAUUGACUUAUUUUGUAUUCCAUUUAAUGGAAUGAAAUCGUAUGAUUUGAUUUUGGAAACUCUUCGACGACAUUUAUCUGAAUAUGGCAUUGGAGAUUUAGCAGACGUGAAUAUCAUAUCUGAUAGAGGAAGCAAUUUUGUGAAAGCUUUUGCUAUAUAUAAUCCAAUUUACUGUUUUGGUCAUCGUUUAAAUAACAUCUUGAAAAUUUGUUUCUUUCAACAACAAAAAAAGAAAAAGGAUAAACAUGAUGAACUUUCAACAACUAAUACAACAUCAAUAAAUAGUGCAACAACAAUAAAUAGUGCAAUAACAAUAAAUAGUGCAACAACAAUAAAUAGUACAACCAAUGUUGUUCCUGUUCUUCAAUAUGAAAAUUCUUCAAGUGAUAGCGAAUCGGAGUCAUCCGAUUUAGAAGAAGAAAAUUAUGAAUUAAACGUAUUAAAUGAAGAUACAUUAGUUAAGUUCCAAAAGAAGAAAAAGGUAUAUACAUAUACAGCAACAGGACAAAUAAUGUCAGUGAAAGAUAUUCCACAUGAAGCAAAAAAAAUAAUUUUGUUGUUGAAAAAAACUAAAGAAUUGGUGAAAUAUGUGAAGUUGACUAGUCUGAAUCAAGAAAUCAAGGCAGCUGGAGGUACUACACUCCAUCAAGCUUGCAUCGUUAGGUGGUUGUCUCUAUCUCAUUUACUAGAGUCAGUAAUCAAGUCUUUUAAAAUUACAAAAAAAUUAUUAUAUGGUAAACAAAAGCAACAUAUGAUUCAUGAUUUAGAUGAACAAUAUUUGAAACAAUUAGUUCUUCUCUUAAAACCAUUUAAACACAUGAUGACGAUUCUUCAACGUGGUAAUUCACCUUCUCUCCAUUUAGUUUCUUUGUGUUAUAUGACAUUAAAAGAAAUAUUAAAUUCUUAUGAAUCAUUAAAGAAAUAUAACAAAGAACAUAGUGAUCAAUUUGGAGAAAAUCAAAAUUCAGAAAAUUUAUAUGAUGAUGAUGAUUUAGAGCAUGAAUUACAAGGAAUAACAUGGUUUCGUGAACGACUCUUAUUAUUAUUAAAAGAGAUGUUUGUAUUGGAUAUUCGUCAUAUAGUAGCCACAUUACUACAUCCACUUUAUCGGUCUUUAAAAAAAUUUCCAGAUUAUAUAAAAAACCAAUGUCAUCAAUACAUACGUCGUCAAAUUCGAUUAUUAAAAGCAGAAGCAGAAACAGAAGAACAAUUACGACAACCAUUAGAACCAUCAAAAAAAAAAUUAAAAGGUGAUAAAAAUAUUUUUAGUCGAUUUGAAUCUGGAAAUUGUGAUGAAGAAAUCAUGAAAAAUAAUAAAAGUGGUUCUGAAAGUGAUGAAUAUGAUUUCAACAUCAAGAAAGGUGAUGAACUUGAUCGAUAUUUAUUAUUGGAGUUUGAUAAAAACAAACAAUAUACUGAACCAUUACAAUUCUGGAAGGAUUACCAAAAUCAAUUUCCUUUUCUUUCGAAAUAUGCACGAUCCAUAUUUUCAAUACCCGCCACGACAACAAAUGUUGAACGUGAGUUUUCAACAGCAGGAUAUGUAUUGAACCAACGACGAUCAAGUUUGAAGCCAGAAGAGGUUGACAAAAUUUUGUUCAUCAGAUCCAUGGAAAAACAAUUAGAAAAAGAUUAA